CAUAGGCAACCGGCUAGUCCAGUCACCCACCUCCGUCGUCUUCUGCCCCGCAUUAUCUUCCAAACUUCCUUUUCCUUUCUCAUACAAAACGCACUAAAAAAUUCCAUUUCACACACGCAAGCACGAACAAAACUUUAUUCCACUAAUUCUCGGCCAAAAACUCAAAAUUUCUGCAAUCAAUUUGCCGUAUAAUUCGCAGAAGAAUCAUAUUAUGCGAAGAAGUUCAAUCAGUUCGUCCAAGUAAGUUUCGCCGCCGUGCCGGAACGCCGCAGCAUGUUUUCCCGUUUUGCCCCUCCUUCUGCAAAUUUACCAUUUCCUUACCCUUGCGGCGCCCGCUCCCUCGUCGGUGCUAACCACACUUCCGCUCGCUUCUGCUGCCGGUAGUUGUACAAUUUUCUUUUCCAUAUUUUUCGUUGACUUUUUUCCAAUUUUUUUUUUACUUGGGAAGAAAUUCAUACUGUAACACAUACGUCCGGGGAAACAGAGAUUCGAUUGGUUGAUUUUUUCGUUUUUUAAUUAAUUUUGGGGGUGAUUUUUUGGUUUGUUGCGUUAAUGGAGCCGAAUUUGGGGAAGCCGAGCUUCCUGAGGAAUAUUCUGGUACGGCUGUUUCUGUUCUGCGUGUUUGUGAUCGCUCUCCGAUUUGCUUACGUGGUCACAAUCCGAGGUGAAUCCUGCGACGUCGGCGAUUUCUGCUUCUUCGCCUUGCCGGAUAACAUCGACGUCGUCUCCGGCGUCGCGCAGGUGACGAAAUCCUCCUCUUCGGGAGCUAUCUCGAGCUCCGGCGAGUCCGCGCCGUCGAAGCAGAAGAAGAUUCCCGAUCUAUGGGCGACGGGCGGUUUCCAGAAAUCGGUGCAGUUUUACUCGUCGAUUUUUCAGGAUCUGAUGUCCGAAGCCAUUCUGAGCCCUAAUUUCAAAACCCUAUGCGUCGACACGCUGACCGGAGCUGACGUAUUCGCGCUGAGGGAAUUGGGGGUGGAGGAUUCGAUUGGCAUCUCGAAGAAAGGGUUCAAACCGCUGGUGGUUCAGGGCCAGGGUUUUAAGCAGCCGUUCAGCGAUUCUGCUUUCGAUUUCGUGUUCUGUGGCGGAGGCGUAGUGGAGAAAUCAGCUAAGCUCGGCAAUUUUGCGGCGGAGAUUCAGCGGACGAUGAAGCCCGAAGGGUUUCUGGUUGUCCACACGGGUGCCAAUGAUACUUACAGUUUUGAAUCAUUACUUGGUUUGUUUAAUUCUUGUAAAUUGGUAAGGAGUAGGGAUAUUGAUGGAUUGAAUUCCAAAAUGCCAUUCAUUCGAGAAGUUGUUCUACAAAAAUUUGGUGGAGAAGAAGAGUUUAUGGUGGGAAAAUCUAGCGGUGAUUCAUCAAAUAAAUGCAGUGUUCCGAGUUAUAAGAGGGAUUUGAUCAAGAAAGCAGAGCCAUUGAUUGAGGAAGAACCGUUAAAGCCUUGGAUUACUCUCAAGAGGAAUGCGCAGAAGAUUAAGUACUUGGGGUCGAUGGUUGAUAUCAGUUUUAAGCCAAGGUAUGUGUAUGUCGAUGUUGGAGCUCGAAGCUACGGUUCAAGUAUUGUGAGCUGGUUCAAGAAGCAAUACCCUAAGCAGAACAAGACAUUCGAGAUAUACGCCAUUGAAGCAGACAAGACUUUCCAUGGCGACUACAAGCUCAAGAAAGGGGUCACAUUGCUGCCCUAUGCAGCGUGGGUGAGGAAUGAGUCCUUGUUCUUCGAGAUCAACGAGGACCCGGGCCACAAAGAAGUAGAGAAGGGUAGAGGGAUGGGUAGGAUUCAACCAGUUCAGACCGCAGGCGGCUCCACAUCCUCUGAUAAUGUUGAUCAGAUUCAGGGCUUCGAUUUUGCUGAUUGGUUGAAGCAUAGUGUCACACAGAAAGACUAUGUAGUCAUGAAGAUGGAUGUUGAAGGGACUGAAUUCGAAUUGAUCCCUAGGUUGUUUGAAACGGGAGCGAUUUGCUUGAUUGAUGAACUGUUUCUCGAAUGCCAUUAUAACCGGUGGCAGAAAUGCUGCCCCGGUGAGAGGUCUGCAAAGUAUGAGAAAACGUAUGGGCAGUGCUUGGAUUUGUUCAAAUCUCUAAGGAAGAGUGGAGUUUUAGUACAUCAAUGGUGGUGACUGGUAAUAGCUAUAUAUCCCCUGUGUACCAUUUCUCAUUUGUUUCUGCAAACGAAUGAAGAUGCUGUGGCCUCAUUUGGUUCUUUUUCCUUCUCUAGUUUUAGUUACAUUUGAUAUCCAUAUGUACUUACUGUGUCCUUUCAAAGAAAAGUCCGAUAGUUCAAAUAUCAAUAAUUCUGCUUUUAUGAA